GAUGGCGCUGUGUGGCGGCGGCGCGGCGGAGCGCGGGCGGCGGCGGGCGGCGUGACCCCGCCGGGGGCCGGCCGCGCUGCAUGGGGCCGGGGGCCGGCCGGCAUGGAGGGGGUCCUGUACAAGUGGACCAACUACCUGAGCGGCUGGCAGCCUCGGUGGUUCCUUCUCUGUGGUGGCAUCCUGUCCUAUUAUGACUCUCAGGAAGAUGCUUGGAAGGGUUGUAAGGGAAGCAUCCAAAUGGCUGUUUGUGAAAUUCAAGUUCAUCCUGCAGAUAACACACGAAUGGACCUGAUAAUCCCAGGGGAACAGUACUUCUAUCUGAAGGCAAGAAAUGCAGUUGAAAGGCAAAAGUGGCUGGUUGCACUUGGAACUGCCAAAGCCUGUCUGACUGACAGCAGGACACAAAAGGAAAAAGAGUUCACUGAAAACACAGAAGCCUUGAAGACCAAAAUGUCUGAACUUAGACUGUACUGUAACCUCCUUGUUCAGCAAGUGCAUAAAACAAAGGAAGCCAGCAUUUCUGGUGUGUCAGAACCAGAGAGUGAGAUUGAUAUGGGAGCUCUGUUGAAAUCAACCUGUGACACUUUCCUGAAGACUCUUGAAGAAUGUAUGCAGAUUGCAAAUACUGCCUUCACUUCUGAGUUAUUGCAUCAGACCCCACCUGGAUCUCCAAAUUUAGCAGUUCUCAGAAUGAGCAAGGUAAAGCAUUCUGUCUUGUCCAGUCACACCUCAACAGAAAGGCAGGUGGAAUUGAACCCCUGUGAAAAUGGCUGUGUAAAAGGAGAAAUUAAGCAUCAAGAGCAAGCAGUUAUUAAAAGUUUGGAAUGUUUAAACUUGGAAACAAAUGAGGGGGCUGGUGAUGUUUAUGUUGAAGAUCAUGUAGCAAAGGAUUUGGCAGGCAUUAAAGACAAUGGAGAGGACAAGCUGCAAGCUGUAGAAGGCUGUGGUGCCCACAAGUUGCUGCAGUCAGAAACAAAUUCUUUAAGUGGAUUGAAUCUGUGUGAGGAAGAAAGAAAUGAAAAUGAUUCUCCUACUUUUUUCAGUGUCAUGAGCAAUAGGUUCAGUGAUAUUGAGCUUCAGGAGGAAGAGGGCAUACCAACAGAGGAGUUCCUGGAGUCGUGUUAUGCAAUUGUGCCUGUUCUGGACAAGCUGGGACCAACUGUAUUUGCUCCAGUUAAAAUGGAUUUUGUAGGCAAUAUCAAGAAAAUAAACCAGAAAUUUAUAACCAACAAAGAAGAGUUUGAUACCCUGCAGAAGAUUGUGCUCCAUGAAGUGAACGCAGGUGUAGCACAAGUUAGAAACUCUGCUACAGAGGCUCUCCUAUGGCUGAAAAGAGGUUUAAAGUUCUUGAAAGGGUUUUUGACGGAAGUGAAGAAUGGGGAAAAGAAUAUCCAAACAGCUCUGAACAAUGCUUAUGGAAAGACAUUACGGCAGCACCAUGGUUGGGUUGUCCGGGGGGUCUUCGCGUUAGCUUUAAGGGCAGCUCCAACGUAUGAAGAUUUUGUGGCAGCUCUGUCUGUAGAUGAGUGCAAUCCUCAGGAAGAAACAUUUUACAAAGGAAUGCAGAGAGACCUCAACAUUUACUUACCAGCCAUGGAAAAGCAGCUAAAUAUCUUGGACACUCUCUAUGAAGUACAUGGUUUAGAGUCAGAUGAGGUGGUAUAACUACAGCAAGACCACAUCUUAAAAAUUCAGGGACUGUGUCUGUUAACAAAGAUUUCUUCCAUUUUGGUUUUGGGACAUCAUUUCUGUUCAUUUUUUGUAUCUUUUCAGGUGGGAAGUGUGUUGAGUGUUCUGGGAGAAGGGUAUGUGUGAUUUUUAUCUUUUCAUUACGCUUGUGUUGCAUUUAAAUGCAGAGGUACUGUCUCACUUUGGAUCAUUACUAUGUCUGUGGUGAAUGUUUUUGACUGUUUCUCUUCUGCCUGUGCACCUCCUCUUCUCUUCACCUCAUAAAAGCAACAGAGCAGCAUUUGGCCUUUGCUGCUGUACCUGAGGAGAGACCUGCUGAGCUGUUGGGCCACCAACAUGGCACCCAGGCAGGUGCACCUGCCUCUUGACUUUCCCAUUCCCUGUGCCCACUUCCUGGGUAGGAGGGUAAGUGAGUGUUAUUGUUACCCUGGUAGCAGAAGAGAAGGACAGCUAAACACCAGCUUAUAAUGCAGUGAGUUUGUCCCUCAAUUUGGGUUGAAGCUCUUUAAUGCAAUUAAUAUAUUUGCAUGACAUAAAUAUUUAUUAAAUUAAAUAAACAUUUUAAUCCAAAUAUUACUGAGAUCUUCACCACAGGUCUAUGUGGCUGGUGGUCUGAGUGGCCCCAAGGUCUAGCCUUUGAAACAGGAUGUUGUGUUCCCUGACCAGCUCCCAGUAUGUGCUGUGGCUUCCCUGCCAUAAAAACCUUUUAGGUUUUAGGGGUUUCUUGAAUCAAAUUCAUGCAAAACUGUAAUACUUGCUUUUGAGUUGAGUACAGCUAGCAAUUUAAAAAGCAGAUAUCAUUAAAAUCCUUCCUAGACUGUCAUUAUGGGCAGAAACUUCAUGCAAGUGGACGUGAAAUGCGUAAAGUAUAGCAGAAGCUAAAAUUUGUGAUGGAGCUAUUAAAUAUGGGACCAAUUACAAAUCUUGAAUUUUGAAAUUAUUUAAAGUGACUAAAAAUUAAGAAAGAUUUUCCCUUUUUCUCAUUUUAGUGAUACAGAUAAAAAUGUGUCUGUUAGCAUCUCAUUCCUGUCUACGUACACAAUCAGGACUAUCCUGACCCAGGUGCAGAAUCUGGCACUUGCCCUUGCUAAACUUCAUGCAUUUGGUGAUUGCUCCUCUCCAAUUUGUCAGUCUCUCUGCAGGGUUUCUCUGCUCUCAAGGGAAUCUCAGUUUAGCUCUUCCCAAUUUGGUGUUGUUGGCAAACUUACUUAGCAUCUCUUCCAGUCCUGUGUCCAAGUCAUUUGUGAAGAUGUUUUUCAAUACCUCCCAGAAUAGUCCUUCCCAUGAUUGUACUUGGCACUGAAGUGAGACUGCCAGGCCUGUAAUCUCCAGGGCCCUUCUUCCCCUUCUUGCAAAUCAGGACAAUGCUUGCCAGCUUCCAGUCAGCUGGGACACCUCCAGAAUCCCAAGAGACUGUUUAAAUAGUGUGACUUCUUGCUCUGUCAUCUUCUCUGGGUUUUACCCAUCUGUAGUUCCUAGGUACUCAAUAGGGAUCAGAAAUAAUCAGGUUUUAGUUUUGUAGAUUUUCUUAAGUUUGUGUAUGAGUACAUAGUCAAAACUUUUGACCAAAGCUGUGUUGAAUUAUGUCACUAUUCACAGUGUUAAAAAUGAAGCUGAGAGCUUUUGGAAUUCGGUUGUCUGCUGCUUCUAAGCAUGAAUCCAAAGAAACCACCCCUUAGGAAAAGAACCAACUUUCCACCCUGUGUGGUUCCUCACAAUUUUCAGCUGUUCUGUGGGAAACUUCACUGUAACAGUUUUUAGCUGAAUGGUCUGGAAAGAUAAUGGAGACCACAUUUCUACAAAAUACCAACUAGGUUAUGAGAAGACCAGGAAGAGAUACCUCUUCUCUAGAAAUUAACUGUCAGAUCACAAAAAAAAUUGAAUUCCUUUUUGUUCUUAAGUUUUUCUAGUAAUAGGAAAGUAUUUUCAGCUCGGAGUAUUUGGAGGUAUUUUUGGGGUUUCUGUUUUGUUUUGGUUUGUUUUUUAACUAUCAGGAGAAGCACUAGUUUGUUGGGUGUGCAUCAGAUGCAAAAUUUGUUUCAAAAAGUCAGAAGGCUUUAUUUUGUAGGCCAAGAGCUUCAUUCGGCCCCUAGCUCCAAUUACUAAGUUCAACCAUUCUUCUGUCAUCCAACAAGCAAGGAGAAUGUUCCCCAUUAAAUGUUCUCUAAUUGGCAUGGCAUCCUGCUUCAGAGCAGGCUUUCUCAUCUUGCUCUUCUGUGUAAAGUUAUUUUUUUGAACUCUGGAAUUGGUGCUUGAGAACAUUUUUAGGAGAUCGUGGCUCCAGAAGAUGCCUCUGUGCUUGUUGUUAAACAGGGGCCUUGCAGAGAAUGGAUUGAGCAAGGUCUCCUUGCCUUCAAAACUUGCACUUCUCCAUGCACUGCUCUUGCAGGGCAUUGAGCACUUCUAAGACUUCUGAAUGCUAUCUUUGCAGUCAAACCACCACUGAGAAAGAAACCCAUGCAGCAUGUUGCAGAGCUGAACUCCAAGUUACACUUCUCAGGAUGUAGUAGGCCAGAUGACCAAGUGGAAGCAAAUGCACUGGUAGAAUACUCACUGUCUUUUUCUGUGGUGUCAGUUUGGCGGGCAGAGAGGAUGGCAUUAGAAUAAUUGUAGAGAACAAGCAACUAAUUUUUGGCCUUCAAAUUUAGAAUUGGAGAGAAGGUCAGUGUUUUCAUCUCUUUGAUUUGUUGAUUAGUUAGGGUUGUUUUCUUUGUUGUGUUUUUUUUUUUAAUGGCUGAAAUUUAUAACUGACCUGCACACUGAUAGAGAUCCACAUGACUCUCAGAUAACAACACCUUGGCUCUCUAUACUUCACAUGAACUGCUUUGAUUUCUUAAGUUGUGCUAGUCUGAAGUUUUGCAUCCCUUUCCUUUAGAAAUGCUUUUGGCUGUUUCCUUCAAUGUCUAACAGUUGCAUAUUCUCAGGGAUUUUACUUAUCCAAGGUGAAAUAAGAGUAAUCACAGCUUUACCCUAGAGGGGGGGAGAAAGGCUGCUUUUUGUGAAGUUAGCAUAGCUAAGCGUAGAAGUCUGAUACAGUAUAUGAGACAGGCAGUGUCUGUACAGUGUGCAUCCUUGCUGAGACAUGGUAAAUCCCAAAGCAAUCUGAUAGAAGUGCUGUCUAGUACUGAAUAAUUGCAAUCAGCAGAUUUGAAUAGAGAUCAUGAACACAUCUUUGUUAUAUAAAUGUCAUUGUCAUUAGAACAGAACUCUCAAUUUCAGUCGAGUUCUGCUUAGCAAUCGGAUACUUUUAUUUAUUUUAUUUAUUUUGUGUUUUUUUUAUGGUUUUUAUUUUUAAAAAAGCUGUGUUCUGGAGUCCCCUCUGCUAUUCAAAGACACCAUACUCAGUUCCAUACUGAAGUUCUGUGAUGUUACAAUUGUGGAAAAUGAACUGCAUUCUCAAGUGCUUUAGUGUAAGUCAUUGAAAUGUCUUGACACUGUUGUGCUGUGGAUCUCCCUUUAAUAGAUGCAUUUAAAGUUAAGGGCCAUGUACCUUCACUUAAAAGCUUUUUCAUCAUCAGGAUUUAAGUUAACAGCUGUUUGCUUUUAAAAUCUUUCCUAGUUUGAAAAGUGUUGCUUAGUUGGUUGGACAUAUAAAAAGUAUGCCCAAAAUCUGCCCCAGGUGUUUGCAACCUGCUUUGGCAAAGGGGUCUGGGCCAUUAUAGAGAAAAAUACUACAUAUGUCCAUAUGCUGUACCUUCUAACCCUUUCUUUUCAUUGUCACUUCAGCUUUUGUGAAAACCUUUAGGGGAGCUUAAACUGUCUUUCAGAUACCAGGAAAGGUCAUUAGCUUGUUUGUACCUGGCUGCCUUGACCUUUUCCCCCACCUGGUCCUUCCUUUCUAUCCACUGUCAUCUGCUACGAAAGCUGUUGCUGUCAGAGCAAAGUAGGAUGUUUUAUAAGGCAUGCAAAUAUAAACUCAGAUAUUCAGAAAUUAAUUCUUUGGUAGGCAGUGUAAAUUGGGACAUUUCAGACUUGGGUGUUCUGCCUCAGGAAUGAAAGCACAAGUUUUUUUUGUUUUGUUGUUUUAGUUUAUUUCUCUUCUCUUGCCCUGCAUAGCACAGAUAGCAAAACAAAACAAAACAAAAAAGCAGUGUGGAAAUAACUGAAUUCAUGCCUUCUUGGUACCUUCUGUAGCCCCCUGGUGAACAAACCCUGCAAACUUCUUCUUGCUCCAAGCAAUAUAAAACCUCCCUGGUGCAGGAGGGGUGUCAUAGUGCACUUACUGGCUCUGAGCAAACCCAGGCCGUAGGUGAUCUUGCUCACAGUUGACACAAGGAUUUAAGCACUUGCUUUGAAGUUAAUGACAUAGGCAUAUGCUUCACUUACACACACGUGCACCGUCCCACUGGCAUGCAGUUCUUCAAAAUGCAGUCUUAGAUUGUCAUUUUUAAUAUCCCUUUCUUGGUGUAAGAUUUCUCCCCUACAUACUUCGAAUGUGCUAAAGCCAGAUUUUUUAAAUAUGAGAUUUCCUUGUUUUUAUUUCCUUAUUUCUUCUUAACACUAUGUCAACUUUCUUUUGCAUUUCAGCAUUUAAGGAGUCCAAAAGUUAUUAAUUUCUUUAUUUAAAGCCGUGUUGAAAGUUUGAGAUCUAUGUCUACUUGAAACUAAAUGAGUAAAUUGCAUUCCAGAAUAUAAUAAUUAAACUGAAAACCAAGGCAGCUUACUUUUAUGGUUUCCUUUUCUUUUUCUCAAGCUAGUUUUGGGCAUACAUUUUUAUCAAUGUCAAGCUAAGUUUAAUGUAAGCCUUACUUUGCAUACUAAAAUAUAUACAUACUGGAAUAGAUUUAAAAACAAAGUGAAGGUAUAUUGUCUCACUUUAAAUUUACUGAAUUCUAAGGGCUUGUUCAUGCUGCCCAAAUCACCUCUCAGUGUAAGCUUUGCACAAAUUGUGCUGUCAUAGGCAGUUCAAUCUGAAAUACAUUGAAGUUUCCAGUCUGCAUCAUCUCUCAAAUCAUACAGUGUCUGUCUCUUCUUUUGGAGCAUUUUUAAGACUUUGACAGACUUUUAUAUUAUUUCAUUAUAAUAAACUUAUUUUAAAUAAGCAUGUUUUUAAAUCUUGUCUUCUCCUUGCACAGAUUUUGUUUGUUUUAUUACAAUGCAGGGCCUAAAGUGCUUUUUAGGACUCCAUUUGUUAUGGUUACUGUGUGAACAGUUGAAGCCAGUUUGUUUCUGGUGACAGAAACUGCCUGUAUGUAUCUUUGUAUGAAGAAUGUUAACACACAUGAAUCCUGUUCAGACUGUGAGAAUAAAAGCUGUGUCUGGCACAUA